UUCUCACUCACACAGAGAGAGCAGCACGUUCAGAUGCUGUGGAAACAACCGCGGUCCACUCUUUCAGAGUUUGCGUAAAUAUGAUGUUGCCCAGCAGAAAUGAUGGAUGCAGCAGAGUCCUCUGAUCCGUACGGCAGACCAGCGCGCAGGACGCAAUGGAUAGUCAGCACCUUGGCUUACCAUUACGGACUGGACCGGGGAGUGGAGAACGAAAUCAUAGUGUUGGCCACCGGGUUGGAUCAGUAUCUGCAGGAGAUUUUCCAUCAUAUGGACUACCAGGGGGGAGGCAGGCUUGCCGUGGAGGACUUCAACAUCCUGUGUGAAGUUCUGGGACUGAACAAAGAGUCCGAGGACUCGGAGUGCGCCGGGGUUUUGGACAGUUUACCCAGCGAGCUCACCUUCAGACACUUCCACGCCAAACUGUGCGGAUACUUCAGCACCAAGGCGGGCUGUCAGUACGAGAAUGGCCGGCUGCUGGUGGGGAAGGACAGCGAGCACAUAGAGACUCAGAUCCGCCUCAGGAGCCCUCUGAAGCGGCGAGAGAAGCUGCUGUGUGUGCGCUCCUCUGCCUCCGCGGAGGGGCGGCACGCCUCCGGCUGCAGACUUGGCUCCUGCACCAAAGAGUGCUACGAGGAGAUCGUGUCGCUGGAGGAGGCGGAGGACCGAAUAACCAAGCUGGAGGACGAGAAUGCAAGUUUGAGGGAGCUGAUCGAGGACAUGCGAGCCGCGCUUCAGAGCAGCGAUGCUCGCUGUCUGGCUCUGCAGGUAGGACUGUGGAAGAGCCACUCCAAACACAGACCAGAGGACGGCUGUUUUGUCGCCCAACAGAAACAAACUGCCCUUAAAACUAUAAGCAACGGCAACCUGAAGAGCAGCACCCACAGCAACCUGAAGAGCCUGCAGAACAUCAUCCAAGAGAUCGAACUGCUGCAGAACUCCAGAGACCGACAGGUUGAGGAAGCCAUGCUGUUUAACCACAGACUGGAGCAGGAGCUGUGGAGCUCUAAAGAGACUGUUGCGACUCUGGAGGAAUGUAACCGCGCUCUGAAGAAGGAGCAGGUGGGCAUGAGGAGGAAGGUGGAGGAGGCCAGACAGGCGUUGCUCAGUGGACUGAGUAAAGUGAAAGAACUGGAGGCCAAGGCCAAUCAUGUGCCAGUGCUGCAGAGACACAUCCUGCAGCUGGAAUCGGAGCUCCUCUACUACAGGUCGGAGGCGUCGAAACUACAACUCCCGAGUAGCACUAGUGCGGAGCAGCAGCAGCAGCAGCUGAGCGGCGGCAGCAGAAUGGGCCAGAGAUGCUGCCAGGAUUCCCAACAUGACCGCUGUUCUCCAACAGGGCGCGCUGUGACAACGCCAGACAAAAUGGAGGAGCAGCUGUUUCGCUCAGUGGAGGGCCAGGCCGCCUCUGAUGAGGAAGACGACAAGUGGACCAGAGAUCAACAGAAGCAGGUGGACGAGGUGAAGAGGAUCCUGACCAGGCUCUCCUGCUGCGGAGAAAGGUGCGACGACAAGACAUUCAAGAAGCUGCUGUCCAAUUUCGGAAGUUCCCGGAGUGAGGAGAGCUGCAGCGCUGUGGUGGAGCUCCUGGAGAGGGUGACUAAGCUGCACAAGCAGCUGGAGCUGAAGGAGAGCCAGGCCGAGAUAGACAUAGACCAGAUGAAGGAUUCUUUGGUGCAGGAGCUGCAGCAGAAGGCAGAGGAGACGGAGCUGCUUCACAUGGAGCUGCAGAUGUUGGAGACAGAGAGGGUUCGUCUGUCUCUGGUGGAGGACAAACUUGUAGACAUCCUCCAGCUCCUCCAGCAGCUCCGAGACCUGAAUGUCUCCCGCAGGUCUCUUGGGAAAAUCUUACUCAGCACUUUGGAGUCCUGCAGCGAUCCACAACACGGCAAAGCUCACAUACUGGAGGUGCUCAACGCUCUCUAUCACGAACUGGCAGCCUGUGAGAUUCUGUCCAGUGGUGGACCUCUGGAGAGAACACAGAGUCAGCAGUCUCUCAACGCUCUCAUCAUCUCCUGCUAAACAACACUGCCUCCUGCUGGGCCAGUGUUGUUCCAGCAGCCUUUCUCCAGGAACACCAGACGUUACGCCUGUGAUUUAGAAUCAGGUUCAUGGAUGUAUAUAGUGUAUCAUUAAUGUAUUAUAUUGUAGCUUCUAUACUCUGUAGACCCUGUCAUCUAUACAGGAAUAUUAGUCUUGACUAGAGAGUUAACGUCUUUCGUGAAAUACUUUACUAUACAUACAAGUAGAUUCAUGCUUCAACAGCUAUUAUUGCACAUGCGUUUCAGAAUCCACAGGAUUCUGAAUGUGAAAAUGUUGAAAUAAGCUAAACUUUAAAGGGGCACACAUUAGUCUGUGAGAAGCUUUGACCUUCACUUGGAAUUAUAAGAUGACAGAUAGAACUGUAAGGUGGGGAAAGUGACUGUAUUCCAAUAUCUGCUAAUAUCUCUGUGUUUGGGAAACGUAGGACCUGUUUAGACCUGGUGUUAACAUCCAUCCUGAGAGAUCGGACCACACUUAUGUGGUAUGACUGGAUUGCCGUAUGUCAUGCAUGCACCUCAUGUGACCAGUCGUGAUUAGGUCACUUCCCCUGCAAUGUAUGUAAAUAUAAACAACAAUGUGACUCUUGUGUCCACACAGCUGCACCAUUUCUAUGACAUUAGCAUUUAAGUAUCCUAUGGUCACUGCCUCCUCACCUGUUUCUCAGUAUUUCACCUGAAAUGACAAACAUGUCAAUCUGAGUGGAAUCAGUUGCAGUGUCAUUGCUACCUUUCCCUGGAUACAAAACCACUCACUGAUGUCACUGAGUCGUGUCAAUUAAAGACUUUCAGUUAUGCA